UCACAGCCAAAUAUUAUAAUGUUUAAUUUAUUAAUGAAAGAUACGUCACAUUUUAGCAGUUUAUAGUUAGAUUUAAUGUCGUGGAAUGUCCGAGAGACAAGUUAGUACCUGCUAUCACAUUCUUUAUAGCAGUGAUGGACAGUCAUUCUCUCACCAGCAUCUCCUUUUCUCUCUGGGAAACUUUGCAAACUACCGUGACUGUUACAAAGCACUUACACAUGAAACUGCUCCAAAAAUGAUAAAAAUAAACAUCUACCAACAAAAACAUAUAAGAAAAAUUAGUAUGAGCACAUUAAUAGUAACCUAGCAUUCAUGUUACAGGCAGAACUACUGUCCGAGCCAUGCUGUUAGACAAAAAUAAUGGACACCUUCUGACCAAUCAGAUUUGAGAAUUCAACCGCACUGUGGUAUAAACAUUUUUAUUGCACCUGAAUGACCUAUAAUGUGCAUGUGUAUGAAACGUGCCCGAUGAUGAAACUUUCAUAUUACGAUGCAAAAUAACUCCCUGAUAUUUGUAGCAUCCAUACUGCUUCUCAAAUGCCAUGGUGUAGGGUUCUCAAACUUUCUGUAGACCCUGUUGUGAUUGUGAGUUAUACCACUGUAACACUAAUAAAAUGACUCAUGGUGGGCACCAGAACCCAGUUUGGGAACCACUGGUGUAAGGAAUAAGAGUAAAAUCCCCAGUAUUUGGUCUAUGAAAUGGAUUUUUAUUCUGUAUUAUGACUAAAAGCCUGUGAUUCCUUUUGAUUUUCUAUGACUGUGUCCCAUUAUAAUCAUCAAUUACCUAUAAAUGCUCCCAUGAACUUAUUUAUAAACUGUUGUGACAACUAAUGUUACACUGCAUUUGUUUUCCGGGCGUGAUUCAGCAAUUAGCGUCCUGAUAUCAUAACCACUAAAAAAAAAAAAGCUGACUUGCUGCCAGAGCUUUGAAUUUUCAUCAAAGCCAAGAGCAGAGAAUUAUUAUAAUUAUGGUCUCUUUUUAGAAAUGUAAUAUAGAAUUCUCUGUUUAUGUUUUAACACACAGUCCAGUGUAAAGCUUUGUCCAGGGAAAUUGUAAGGGACUUUUCAGCAGAUGCAUGUCCAUGUGACGUCCAUCACAUCUCUUUAAUACAGUGUUAGUUGCAACACUUGUGUCCCUCCCACUCUCCGUUCUUUGUAUGACAGAAUACACUGCUGUAAUUUCUGAGGUAAUCAGAGACAUUCUGUGGGUGUGUUAGGCUAAUUAGCUGAUGGAACAGCAACAGGAAGUGUGAGAUGCUGGUGGAGACUGGUCACGAGGACCAUGUGCAGUGUUUGUGAGGGUACAGAUCUUAGUCCACAAACCUCGCACUGAGCCAAAUGGUGCUUUUCUUCUCUUUUAGCCUAGUUCAGGAAUGUUAUAGAAUGAACGGUUCUGUUUAAUGUGGUGCUGAAUGGAGAAGAACGUGCUGGUUUUCUAAGCAUGGUGGAACUGAAAACAGGGAAUGAAAUAAUGAAAAUAAAAGAAAGAGGUCUAGGUCCUUUCCCAAUUCAGUUUGACCUAGAUGACAAACACAAGGGAUCUGCAAGUUUGUCCCUUUUCAUUUUGUCUCCUCUUUUUUAAGGGGCUUUGUGCAUGAAGCUUGAAAACCUGAGUGGGUGUAAAAUGCUGAUGCAGCCAAAUGGAGACCCAUUUUACUCCUCUUGGAGGGUUCAUGCCAGGCCUGCUGCAGUUUAGAGCAGAUUCAAGCAUCUUUCCCUUGACCUCCGAUUUCUUUUUUUUUUUUUUCUUUCUUCUUCUUUUUUUUUUAAUAUUCGCUUUGAUAGCACUUUCCUUGGUUCAGAAAUGGAGUGAUGUUCACAUGAAGACACAAAGCUUGGUUUACAUGACUAAUGUUAAUUCACUAUAUUAUCAUAUUUGUUAUUAUUUGUUAGAUGUGAUAGACAUAUGAGUUUAAAGCAUCUGAAUCUUUAAAAAGUACAGUCAGCACUAAGGGUGUGACACAGAGAGCUUGGUUAAAUGCGUGUGUUAAGAUUACUGAACUCGAGCCUAGCGGAUGUAUUAUCUGUAUUAAAUGCUUUAAUCCCUAGGGUGCAAAACAGAAUAUGGGACUGUUAAGUGCUGCUGGGUUAUGGGAAACGGUCUGUGCCCGAGAGACCGAAGCUCCUCAAGGUCAAAUUAUGGCUUUUCCGUUUCCUUGACAGAAGACAGUUAAUGCAGCUCUUUGGUCUGUGGCUUUGAAACUGCAUUGUUGCAUUUUGCGUGCGAGUUUUCUAGUGAAAGCAGCUGCAAAUUUGGGUCUGUUUCAAGUUCUCGUAUUUAUUUCUGGCUGUUUCUUUUUUUUUAAUUAAAAUCUAAAGGAUGUUUACAAUCCAGCUCUACCUCCUAACUGAUCUUGCAUGUUUUUAUAUGCUUUUAAGGUGACAUUAAGCUUAGAGAGAUUGAUUGCUACCUAGUGGUUUUGAAUGAAUUUUCAGCUGUCUGGAUUGAUGUCCUUCUCUGUGGCCUAGGCAUCAGUCUUCUUAAUGAUCCUCAUUAUUAAGCAGACGUAUAUUUCAGUGGGCAUGUCUCCCUCCCUCUGAUUAGUGGCACGAGGGCCAUCUAUCAUCCUCCCAUUUCCAUGGAGACCUAAGUAAUGCUGUGAAGGAGUGAGAAGGCCAGAGAAAUGAUCCCUCUUUUCCAGACAUAGGGAUCACGCAGGGAUCUAACAAGGCUAAAGGCUACGGAUAACAGCUAGUACUCCACAUGCAUAGCAGACAUGUUACAUUUAUCCUUAAAACACAUGCAGUAGAUUAAUUCUCUUACGAUCACAACCCCACUCUUACAUCCUUUUUGUGUUCUUUGUCGUCUUUCCAUAUCUUUUGUUUUUGCAUAGUCAGUGUUUACAGGUUGAGUGUAUAUGGAUGAGAUAGCCCAAGCAGAACCAACUUGCUUCCCACAUUCUCUCCUAUUAUGAGGGGUCUAAUAUCUCUGGCAUAUUAUCAUCCCAGUUGGAGCAGUGAUUUCUUUAGCCUGGACUGAAUCAGCCAGGAAAUGCUUUAGGGAGACUUUGCUCUGUGUUAUUUUGUGCUUUUGUCUGAUGUUUUCAGUAACUGUUUUGCUCUCAGUGUCAUAGCAUCCAGGGAAGCUAAAGUUCUCCCACGCAGUAGAUUUGAAGCAUGCUGAGAGUUGUAUUCUCGGUUGUUGUACUCUGUCCAUGUGCCAAAUCCAGUACAAUAACCCCUUGCCACAUAGUGUAGCAGCUAUCUUAGAAGGAAAAAGAGGCGUUUCUCCAUUGCAUCUGCAUUUGUAGUAAAGGCAAAGUAGCCUUUUCUUUCUUUUUUUCAGAAGGGGGUGAGUGGGAGCAGGACUGGAACUGUAGAUUUGUGAGUCCUGGACUCUCAAAUAUAUUGCUUGAUGCACCAAAUGUAAUGGUACUGAAAGAGUACUAGCUCCCGGGUGGCGCAACAGAAAAGCAGGUGAGCGUCUGUUCGAAUCCCAGCGAUGUCACAGCCACAGGGAUGGUGUACUGCCUCUCCCCUGUUGAUCACAGCAACACUAACCAAACAUGGGCAUCUGUGACCUCAUGUAUGCAGAAGAGGGCAGAUGGUGCUUUCCUUUUAAUGCAUUACGCUGCCCUGUGACUCAGCAUGAUCAGCAGUUUGAAAAGAUGUGGUUGAUUGGCUUCACAUGUCACGUGUUUGCCUUCACCCUCCCUGGUAGUUGGUAGCUGUCGUAUGAUAGGGGAGAGCUGGCUCAUGGGUAGGAAUUGGUGAAUGACCAAAUUGGGGAGAAAAGGGGGAAAAAAUCAGCAGUUUGAGUUCUUUAUUUAAAUUUGACCAUCUAAUAAUCUAGCUUGUUAUAGAAUCAUGUCAGAUAGGCUUUUUCUUCUGAUAUCCAAUCCAGGAUUUUAUGCUGAUACUGCUCAGAUAUGGAUCCAUAUCAGUGGGACUCGAUGAAAGAUGACAGAGGAGGUGAUUGUUAUAGCCAAGUGGGACUACACUGCUCAGCAGGACCAGGAACUUGACAUCCGGAAAAACGAGCGCUUGUGGCUCCUGGAUGACUCUAAAACCUGGUGGAGAGUCCGCAAUGCCUCCAACCGUACAGGCUACGUCCCGUCCAACUACGUCGAGCGUAAAAAUAGCCUCAAGAAAGCCUCACUUGUGAAGAACCUGAAAGAUACACUUGGUCUCGGCAAAACGAAAAGGAAGACAAGUGCACGUGAUUCUUCUCCCACACCCAGCACAGAUGCAGAGUACCCAUCCAACGGGAGCGCAGGAGGCAGUGGAGUGGGUGGGGCAGAGCGAAUCUACGAUCUAAACAUUCCGGCAGUGGUGAAGUUCUCCUACACAGCAGAGCGUGAUGAUGAGCUGAGUUUAGUUAAAGGAGAUCGGGUGGUGGUGAUGGAGAAGUGCAGCGAUGGCUGGUGGAGGGGGAGCCAGGACGGCCGUGUGGGCUGGUUCCCCUCAAACUAUGUCCGUGAGGAGCCGGCCUAUGCAGAUACAAAUGCAGGCUUUGGAGGGGACACACUGGGGGGCUUUCGCUCCCUAAGAGCAGGGCAAGGAUUGGGACUUGUGAAUGGCCGCCUGGCAGGCACAGGGAGCUCAGUACUCCAUGUGGUCCAGACUCUGUACCCCUUCAGCUCGGUUACUGAUGAGGAGCUGAACUUUGAGAAGGGCGAGACCAUGGAGGUGGUGGAGAAGCCUGAGAAUGACCCUGAGUGGUGGAGGUGUAGGAACAGCAAGGGUGUGAUCGGCCUUGUGCCCAAGAACUAUGUGGUUGUGCUGAAUGACGGGCCUGCUGGGCGAGGCCCCUCCCCUCCCAUCAGCCACAUGGGCCCGUCCCGUACAGGCAGGUUUGCAGGCAAGGAGUGGUACUACGGUAACGUGACACGGCAUCAGGCGGAGUGUGCACUCAAUGAGCGAGGAGUAGAGGGAGACUUCCUUAUAAGAGACAGCGAGUCCUCGCCCAGUGAUUUCUCCGUGUCUUUGAAGGCAGUGGGGAAGAAUAAACACUUCAAGGUGCAGCUGCAGGAUGGCGUCUACUGCAUUGGCCAGCGGCGUUUCAAAAGUAUGGACGAGCUGGUGGAGCACUACAAAAAAGCUCCCAUCUUCACCAGUGAACAGGGAGACAAACUCUACCUGGUGAAACCUCUGGCCUGAACUUGGCUCUAUCCUACUGGACUCAUUUUGCCUUUCCUUCACUAUUUCUUUUGCCCUCUUCUACUCUCUGCCUGUCUCCUCAUAGGACUUUAAUCAAGCAUUGGGGCUGGAUGGCAGGCAAAAAAAGGACUUUGCAUCAGAGCCCUGUACUUUCUCACCAGGCUCUGUCAAGGAGAAACUGGAUGUUAAGCCUGUUAAAAAUUCUUUGUUGAAAGAUUGAAUUCCAGCCUCUGAGGAGGACCUAGAAAUAAAUAUGGUCUGAUUCACUGUGUGAUCAUUGUUAGCACUCCUUCUGCCUUUGGCAUACAGCUCUUCUGCUCUUACUCGCAUUGAUAAAAUAGCUUCUGCAUUUAGACCCUAUCUCUCUCCAACUUAGACUGUUUCAGAUACUUCACUUUGUGCAUUAAUAAGAAUUUAUCAGGCAGCAGUAGGGAGGAUUAUGUUUUUGGUCAUAGCAUGUGAUGAGCAACUAAGUUCAGAUUUAGAUUGAUACAUUGAUCUUUUGCACUGAUUUAUGUGUAUGGUUUUUAGGGGUUAAAAAAAAGGCAUGAAGUGCACAGUGGGAUGCAGCCCAGAUUGUGUGUCCACCUAAAGAGCCAAUAUGUAGAACACAUCAGCUUCUUUGCAUGUCCGCAACUGUAUCAGAAUUCAGUUUAAAUGUACUUCAUCACUGGACCGGAAGCUAAAUAAGACCUACUGCUAAUCUGAACUGUCUGCUCUUUAAUCUUCCUGAGACUGUUUCAGCCUUGAAGCCAAUUUCAAAUGCUGACUUUCAUUCAUGCCAGCUCUCAGUCUCACUGACUCAGUGCACACAGUGAACCUUGGUUUCUUGGUUCUUACUGUACUCAGCGCAAAUGUUUACCAUAAAUACAAGUCGCUCUUCAGGGUUUCUUUAGGUUCAGGGUGCUUAAUAAAGGGGCUAUGUGUAUCAGCCCUGAUGCAUUGAGGAAGAGGAGGGGCUAGGCAUCUUUGUAGCCCAGCCAGGAGUUAGAAUGUGUCUCCUUCUACAGCCAAAUGUGCCACAUAUCUCGCGUAUGGCUAUGCUUAGUGCCCUUAUCAACUCAGAAUUCCCUAACACGCACACAUCUUCUCUUCUCCCAAUAACACUCACACUCGCCUAGCUGAUUGUGAACACUAAGAGUAAUAAUAAAUGUAAAUGGUUUUUGUUUCUUUUACUUUUGCCACAUCUGUCUGUUUACCAAGAAGAGUGUUGAUCGAGUUUUUUUUUUUUUAAAGAUAUGAUGUCUGAAUGUUAUUGAGCAAUGUUAUUUAAUUCUUCUUUCCACGAUAUGUACAUAUAUACAUAAAUAUAGAUAUAUAUAUAUAUAAAUAUAUAUAUAUAAAGAUAAGUUGCAUAUAUGAAUCGUUUAGAUCCAGCAUUAUGGUACUGUACUGAGGACAGUGUGGUGAGAAGUAAAAUACUUUUGUUCAAUAAAAGUUUUGCAGAAUAACAGAAAAUGAUUUCAGUGUGCUUUGACUUUUUGCCUUCUGUUUUAACUAACAUCUCUGACAGAGUGGUAAGCAGACAAGCAUUGUCCAGAAUAGGUAAAUAGAGGAAGAAAAAGAACUAUGAGAAGCUGGUACAGGUCUGCUGAGAUGGUGCUUCACACCGCUCUCCCUGUCUCAUCUCACCAUCUCAUCCUUUGAAUUCCAUGUAGUUACAGUUACCUCUCCAAUCAACCUUCUCUUCAUUGUCAUCUACUGCCCUCCUGGUCCCCUAGGGGCCUUCCUUGAAGAAAUGGACAUGCUCCUCAGUCUUUUCCCUACUGACAUCAGCUGCCUCUUUCCUGCUACAGACAUCAGUGCUACCCCACUCCACAUCUCUGAUCAUCUCUUGGUAUCCUUCACCAUCACCCUCCCUAUCCUGCCUAAAACCACCAGCCAUCAGUACUUCUCUCCCACUCGUAGAAACCUCCACUCUGUCUCCCCUUCCUCCUUAGCUUCCUGCACCCAAUUAUCCCUUCCUGUCCCUGACUCCUUUUCAUUCUUACCAUUGGAGCUAGCCACUUUCCUUAUCCAUGGACCUCCUCUGCCCUCUAUCUUCUAAACCCAGGAAGAUUUCCUGCCCUGCUCCUUGGCUAUCAGAUGUGUGAUGCUGUAAUUGGAGAGAUUUAAGAACAGCAGAGAGAAAGUUUAAGAACUCGCAACUCAACACAGAUCUUGCCUCUUACCGUGCUCUCCUGUCCAACUUUUCAUCUGAAGUGACUUCUGCUAAGACUGCCUUCUACAAGGAAAAGCUGGAAUCCUCUGCACAAGAUCCUCACAAGCUCCACAACAUCUUCUCCACUACUCAACCCACCGGCUCCUCCUGCUCCAUCCUCCCUGACUGCUGAAGACUUUGCCACUUUUUGAAAAAAUCUGCCGGACGUUCACUUCUACCCAUACUCCUACACUACACACUGAGGAUUCUCCUUCUCAUUCGCUGGCACAAUUUUCUAAACUAGCAAAAGAAGAGAUCCUGCAAAUCAUCUUAUCCUGCAAUCCUACCACCUGCCCAUUGGAUCCAAUCCCUUCCACAAUGCUCCAGACCAUCUUUCAAGACCUCGUCUCCUUCAUCACCACUAUCGCCAAUGGCUCCAUAACAUCUGGUCAUGUACCAACCUCAUUCAAGAGAGCAAGGGUUAUUCCCAUCCUGAAGAAACCCACUCUGGAUCCCUCUGACAUCAGCAACUACUGACCGGUAUCACUUCUCUCUUUUCUUUUUAAAACCCUUGAACAAACCGUCUUGCUAUCUCUCACAGAACAACCUCCAAGAUCCCAAUCAGUCUGGCUUCUAACCGGCACACUCCACAGAGAGUGCCCUUUUGGCCGUCACUGAGAAGCUACAUCAGCCAAAACUAUCUCUUGGUGCGGUCAUAUCCUCACAUGGGUUUUCAUACCACUGCUAUGCAGAUGACACUCAACUUAGCCUCUCCUUCCCUCCCUCAGACACUCAUGUUUCUGCUCGGAUAUCAGCAUGUCUAGCAGACAUCUCAUCAUGGAUGACAGCUCAUCAGCUGAAACUUAAUCCCAGCAAAACUGAACUGCUGUUCAUCCCAGGUGAUUCAUCCCCAUCUCAGGAUCUUGCAAUCUCCCUAGACAAUUCUCUGAUCUCGCCUUCGGUUACUGCACGCAACCUUGGGGUAACCAUGGACAAUCAACUGUCCUUUUUCUCUCACAUUGCUAAUCUGACAUGCUCAUGUCGAUUUCUCCUUUAUAACAUCAGAAGAAUUCGUCCAUUUCUUUCCACACGGGCCACACAGGUGUCAUUUCAAGACUGGACUACUGCAGCUCACUCCUGUCAGGUCUGCCUCUGAGCACCAUUCGUCCUCUGCAACUGAUCCAGAAUGUAGCUGCACGAUUGGUUUUCAACCUUCCUAAAUUUUCCCACACCACCCCAUUGCUGCGCUCCCUCCACUGGCUUCCUGUAGCUGCCUGCAUCAGAUUUAAAACACUGAUGCUUACCUACAAAGCCAAAAACGGACCAGCACCCACUUAUCUCAAAGCACUUAUCACAACUCGCACAGCACCACGCUCCCUCCGAUCCUCUAGCACUGCUCGACUGGUCCCACCAUCUCUCAGGGUACAAGGAAGGCAUGCAUCAAGACUCUUCUCUGUUCUGGCACCAAGGUGGUGGAAUGAACUUCCCCUAGAUGUCUGAACAGCUGAGUCACUGGCAGUCUUCAAACGACGUCUAAAGACUUACCUCUUCAUAAAGUACUUAAGUUAGCACUUACAAAACCAAAAAAAAAAAAAAAAUUAUUGUCUGAGCACUUGUCUGUUACCUCUCCAACAGAGUGUUGGACUGAUGGUAUUCCUAGUUUGUGACCUAGUCAGCCAGUAUCAGAAUGUAUUUUUGAUAGACUUCAAAGCACGUUUGUAAGUCGCUCUGGAUAAGGGCGUCUGCCAAAUGCCAUAAAUGUAAUGUAAAUGUAACUAAAAUGCAGCAAGGUAAUGCUGAAGAUAAAAUAUCUUACAAAACGUUUAUGCUGGUCCCUGAAAUUUCAGUGAGAAUUACUUGAGAAUUUGUUGUUGCAAACAUCGCUACAGUCUUUCAAUUCAAUUCAAUUCAAUUCAUUUUUAUUUGUAUAGCGCUUUUUUACAAAGGUCAUUGUCUCAAAUCUUGUGUUCCUUUACAUUGCCAAACCCCAAGGGUUACUAUGCAGUGACUGCAUGGAAAAAAUGCGAAAUGAUUAAGCUCAUAUUACAUUAUAAGACUACAGAAUGGGAAUACAUAACCUUUAAAUGUCCAAGGGGCAGAAUAUAAAGAGAGAACAUUAGGGGGCCUAAAACAGGACCUUGUGGGACACCAUUUUGUGCAUUUUUAGCCUCUGAGGAAUCUCUUGAUGCUAUUGAUGAGCAAGAUCUAAACCAGAGGUUCACAAAAUGCUACUUCUCUGAUGAUUUGGUCCAUUUUGUAUAAUGAUGAGUCAAAUUUAGGAAAUUAAACCUCUUUACACUUCUGUACAAUUCUACUAGGUGUCAUCUACUGGGUUUUACUGACACCCAGAUACUAAUUUGUCCACUAGAGAUCCUUUCCUGGCAUUUCCCAGUCUUACUAGUGCAUACAGACUAAUGUACAUACACUCACUGAGCACUUUAUUAGGAACACUAUACUAAUACCAGGUAGGGCCUCCCUUUGCUCUCAAAACAGCCUCAAUUCUUCCUGGCAUGGAUUCCACAAGAUGUUGGAAACAUUCCUUUGAGAUUCUUGUCCAUGCUGACAUGAUUGUAUCACGCAAUUCCUACAGUUUUUCAAGUGCACCUUCUUUCUGUGAAUCCCCCAUUCUACCACAUCCCAAAGGUGUUCUAUUGGAUUCAGAUCCGGUGACUGGGAAGGCCACUAAAGAACUCAAUGUCAUGUUCAUGAAACUAGUUUGAGAUGACUUUUACUUUGUGACAUGCACAUGGGAUGCAUUUAUUCAUUAUUUAUAGUUAGUAAUUUCUGUUACAUUAUUUUGGCCAUAAAUGUGUUUGUAGCUGUCUUGGAAGUAGGUUAAGCAUGUUUCAUGUUCAUUUCGCCAGUGUGUGUCACUGUUGCACACAAUGUCACUGUUUCUAGAAGAGAAACGAAAAAAAAAGUCAUCAUCCUAAUAAUCAGAUUAUAAUAUUUUCUAGAUGUGCCAUUAUGGGCAGUGUUCAGCUAAGAUUAGUCAUGUCAGGAGAAUCUGAGUGCUCAAAUAAGCUUCAUGUAUAAUUAUAUUUCCUCACAGUUAACAGGUACAGUAUAUCUUAACCAAUUAUCUCAAUGUAAUUUCUUUCAUACACAUAAACAGAGUAGACGUGUCGUCUAAUAUAAUCAGUUUAGUGAGGUAAGUGAGAAUAUAGGUUACUGUAUUUAGAAUGCUGCUGUAGUUCAUACAUCCAUGCUAUUACCCCUAUAGCAAAAUCAGUCCUGAUGGAAGAUGUUUAUUAGUGGGGCUUUUGACAAUGUAUAAAUCAUUGUCACUGUACUUUUAGAGGAUCAUAACUGUAGAAGAAUAUAAUUAAUGCAUGUAACAACCACUGAACAUACAAACCUGUAUAGAAGUGCAAAUAUGAGGUUAUGCAUGCAGGUAGAUUUCCAACUGACCAUAUAUAAUAUUAAAAUACAGUGCAUCACAAAUGUAUUUGCCCCCAUAUUUUGUAGUCUUACAACCUGGAACUAAAUAAUAUGUCAUGAAUCUACAGAAAAUAUUGCAUAAUAAUGAAGUCUAUUGAAGGGGUAAAAUCAAUAUAGUUUGCCAAAUUAUUUACAAUUAAGUGAAAAUUGUGAUUGCAUAAGUAUUCAUCCCUAUUACUGUGAAACCCAUAAAUGACUUCUGGUGAAACCAGUUGCCAUCAGAAGUCACAUAAUUAGGUGAAUGCAGUUGAUCUGUAUGCAGUUAACGUGUCACAUGAUCUCUUUAUAAAUACACCUGUUCUGGGAGUCCGCAGAGUUACAGAACAUACCUGGAAGUUCUGGAAAGAUAUCAGUCAGGGUUUGGUUAUUGAAAAUAUAAUCCCAAACUUUCAACAUCCCACAGAGCACCAUUAUAUCCAUUAUUUAAAAAUGGAAAGAAUAUGGCAGAACUGUGAGUCUGCUUGGAGGUCAUCCACCAAAAGUCAGUGACUGGGUAAGUUGGGCAUUAGUCCAAGAAGCAACCAUGAGGCCAACGAUAAAUCUGAAAGAGCUGGAUAGAUCCACAGCUCAGAUCUUGCAAACUAUAUUGAUAUUUCCCUCCUCUUCAAUAUUAUGGACUAUUUUAUAUAGAUUCGUGACCUAUAAUCCCAGUUAAGUCUAUUUCAGUUCCAGGUUGCAACACUACAAAAUGUGCCAGUAUAAAAGGGGUGAAUACUUAUGCAAGGCAGUGUUCCAUGUUAGUAGUAGGCAGUGCAGUAAUGUGUGAUUUAUUAUCAAGAAUCAAGACUCCUCAUUGUCAGAGGUUUGAGUAAAUUGUGAAGCUGUUUAUGAGGAAAUAUGUGCUUAUUUGGGCUCCUCUAUCUGUCUGUGCUGUCAAAGUCUGUCUUUCAGUGCUGGACUCACAUGGGCAUGUGGAGUCUGCUGCUGGACUGGCACACAGUCCUGGGAAAAGCAAACAGGGCACUCUGACUGUGAGGUGCCAUGCAGUGACCUGAGGAGGAGCAUGAUACAACAAGCGUCUGUCUAUACCACCUUGGUUACUGUUAGAGGAUUUCUCCAGUGUAGAGCUUGCUGUAUGAACCACACUGCUAGCAUCUCCAGACAGAAUUACAGCAUGUCUCGUCUGUGCAUCUCAGUGUUACUCUGCACCAUGAUUGUCCUUCCUCUCUCCAUAGCAGUCUCUCACUCAGGAUCUGAAAGUGGAGAGGGCUCUCUUGAUUCAUUGGAAGAUACCGUGAGCAAAAUGGAGCGUGAGGAGACGUACAUCAUGCCCUACUGGAACAUGUGGUCUUCAGACUUCUACGGCUGGAUGGAGGAGUUGAGAGCUCAGGGAGCAUAUGAUACAUUGCUGGACUUGGCAAGAACCUACUGGGCUCACUUUCCUCUCACCAGCUAUUUAGGUUAUGACUCUAUCACUUAUCCAGAACAGUCAGAGGAUACUGACAACUAACAGCGUCUGGCUAUGUGUUCUUCCAAUGAGCCGUUUUUCCAUGUGCUCCCUGGUACUGUAAACACCACAGUAUAGUUUCUGUGAGUUUCACUUUAUAUAGCCUCUUAUGCUUUUCUUAUCUAUGCCAAAUACACAGACACUAAUAAAUCUUUCUUACUUUUUUUUUUUCAUUCUUUUGACAGCUACCUGAUUAACGUGAAUAGAUUGUGAAAUAUUGUGUUGUGAUUCGUGAAUUGGACCACAUGGGUGGGAUUGCUCAUGUAUUAUAUAUUGCUAUGUUGCACAACUUCAGGGUUCUUGGCUCCCAUCAUAAAAAUGAACAAAAUGAAUGAACAUGCAAUUAAAUGUACUGUGCAGGUUUA